UCGUGUUUGUUGGUGCGAGCCGAACGGUUCCACUGAACCCGAGCUGAACCGAGCCGAGACAGCAGAAUUGUAGACUGAAAGGUGAAGAAAAAGAAGAAGUAGCGGCUGUCAGCGUCUAACUAACUAAGUCUAUUUUAUUUAUUUUGAUAUUUCAACUGACUGCUGAACACUCUUGAUUCAUUUCUGCCUGGCGUGAAUGUGUAUUUUUAGCUUACGUGUUUGUUUGCACGUGCGUGGACCUUGCAAUCAAAAGUCCAAUUUGUAAACAAUAAGAACUGUAAGAGAAAAGGAAAUGGAGAAAUCAAGCGGCUUCUCGUCGGACCGAAACAUCCUCUGCCUGUUUGACGUGGACGGUACUUUGACACCACCUCGAGAGAAAAUCGACCCACAUUUGGACGAGUUUUUCCAGACUCUGCGGAGGAAAGUGAAGAUCGGCAUCGUGGGAGGGUCAGACUACUCCAAGAUUGCUGAGCAGCUUGGGGAGGGGGAUGAUGUGAUAAACAAGUUUGACUACGUAUUUGCUGAGAACGGGACAGUGCAAUAUAAAGAUGGGAAACUCCUCUCAAAGCAUGCCAUUCAGAACCAGAUCGGGGAGGAGCUGCUGCAGGACCUGAUCAACUUCUGUCUCAGCUACAUGGGGCUCAUCAAGCUGCCGAAGAAAAGGGGAACAUUCAUUGAGUUCAGGAAUGGCAUGCUCAACAUUUCCCCCGUUGGUCGGAGCUGCACGCUGGAGGAGCGAAUCGAAUUCUCUGAAAUCGACAAGAGAGAGAAGAUCAGGGAGAAAUUUGUUGCUGCCCUGAAGGAGAAGUUUGCUGGAAAGGGACUACGGUUCACUAAAGGCGGUCUCAUCAGCUUUGACGUUUUUCCGGAGGGCUGGGACAAGAGACUGUGUUUAGAGCUGCUGGACAGCGAAGGCCUAGACGCCAUCUACUUCUUUGGCAACGAGACCUCUGAUGGAGGAAAUGACUAUGAAAUUUUCAACGACCCACGGACCAUCGGUUUCACGGUCUACUCUCCAGAGGACACGGCCAGGUUCUGUCGGGAGCUUUUCUUCAACGCUCCGCCACACGAGCCCUGAGGUCCUGGAAUGCCCCCGCCCCCCCGAUCCCUUUACAGAGAAAGGCCUCUGACGUCCCGCCUGUGGCUCUCUGCUGGUACGAUAACAAGCAACUCCAACCCAGGCUAUUUACGAACUGCUGAAAGAUACCACUACUGAUUUUCUCCAUAAUAUUAAUAUGAUUACCCUGAAUACACAGAAAAAGUUGCAGGGUGAUUUGACUAAAUGUGUACAAUAUAUCCUGCUGGGAUUUUUUUUAUUUGUUACUUUAAAGGGACAGAAACUGAGGAAGUGUUACACGUUGAUGUAUGUGAAAGUUCUAAGUACUGUGCCAAAUGUGCUUUGACGGCAGUGUCUCAACACUGCGAUGUGUAGCAUGUAACAUUAACCAAAAAGCUUAGAGAGAUUCUGAAACAUCAGUGUUGGAAGUUAUCACUUCAGAUUAUUACAGUAUAGAAUUACGUUUUGCACUAAUGUUGGCAUAAUUUCAUACCAAUUGUUGGUAUCUUAUUGUUGAGCAGAAAAGAGAGAGAGAGUGGUUUUAAAAGAGCUGAUUUUUAUUUUGGUGAGUCCAUAUUGAAAAUGAGAUAUGAAUGAAGCAGUAAAGAAGAUGUGGGUCUUGCAUCCUCUACAGUUGAGGAGAUAUGAAUCAUUCCAGUUUUUUUAUUGUCUCUGCAGCUGGAUGUGUUUUUUUAUCAAAUGUGUGUUUUAACCUCACAAAGCUGGUGGAAAUGGAAGACGCUUGCUUGCAUUGCUUGUUUAGCAUCUCUAGGUUCUUUAGAUGCAUUAAAGUAAAAAUUAUUUAUCAGUUUCGAUUUAAAACUGAGCAUUACUGACUCAAUGAAUUCAUCUUAACCACAGAAUUAAGCUACUGUGACAAAGUCAACUCCGCAAAGUUUUUUUAGUCAAUAUGAAAGCUUUUUAUGUAAAAUAUUUUUACGAGCUAGACCAUGGCCUGCACGCUGGGUCACUAUAUGUAUUGAAGCUUAUUGAUUGGUUCUGUUGCUAUCUCUCUUUAGAUUCUUGCCGUUUUCAACAGCUUCUUAAGGGGUUAAAUAUCAUUUUAAAAUGUAAACACUGACACUUUGAUUUUGCCCAUAACACCCAUUAACCCAUGAUUGGUUAAUGUUCUGUCCUGUUAUGGUUCAGAAAAAUAAUGCCUCCUUCUGGGAUCAUUAUUGUAAAUAUGAGGCUUUUGAUAAAUCGGAUUCAUCAGCUGCAGUUCUGUGUCCGACUGUAAACACUCCUUCAACCUCAAAGACUAAAAGGAUCAUGUAGACGAGACUUCUAUGCACAGCAGAAAAUGAGCUUUUAAUGUGUCACUGAUGCUAACCGGUUAAGAGAUUCAUCUUGUUCUUUUUCAGUCAUAUAUGGAUACAAUUCAUUGUAAUAAAA